CUGGGCCGUGCAUCCUGCUGUUGUUCGCGAAGAUGCAGCUGAAGCCGAUGGAGAUUAACCCGGAGAUGCUGAACAAAGUGCUGGCCCGGCUGGGGGUCGCCGGCCAGUGGCGCUUCGAGGACGUGCUGGGACUGGAAGAGGAGUCUCUGGGCUCGGUGCCGGCGCCUGCCUGCGCGCUGCUGCUGCUCUUUCCUCUCACGGCCCAGCAUGAGAACUUCAGGAAAAAACAGAUUGAAGAGCUGAAGGGACAAGAAGUAAGUCCUAAGGUGUACUUCAUGAAGCAGACCAUUGGCAACUCCUGUGGAACCAUCGGACUCAUUCAUGCAGUGGCCAAUAAUCAGGACAAACUGGAGUUCGAGGAUGGGUCAGUUCUGAAACAGUUUCUUUCUGAAACAGAGAAGUUGUCCCCUGAAGACAGAGCAAAAUGCUUUGAAAAGAAUGAGGCCAUCCAGGCAGCCCAUGAUGCUGUGGCACAGGAAGGCCAAUGUCGGGUAGAUGACAAAGUGAACUUUCAUUUUAUUCUGUUUAACAACGUGGAUGGCCACCUCUAUGAACUUGAUGGACGGAUGCCUUUUCCGGUGAACCAUGGCACCAGUUCAGAGGGCUCACUGCUGCAGGACGCCGCCAAGGUCUGCAGAGAAUUCACUGAGCGUGAGCAAGGGGAGGUCCGCUUCUCCGCCGUGGCCCUCUGCAAGGCAGCCUAAUGCCUCGUGGUGGGGCACUUCGCUUUCUCCCCCCUUUCCUUCAUCGUGAAAGUAUAUCCCUACCUAUGUGGUCUAAAUGCUUCAGUACUUGUAGAGCACAGCUGUUCUCCUUCGGUUCCGCAGAUACGCACUUACCCGCAACUUCGCCCACACACUAGCAGAGCUCCAUCGAGCAAGUUUGGUGUCACCCUCUGAUGGCAAAGCAUUCCCCUCACUGUAUGUCUUAUACCUCAGUAUCUAAUGCUUUAAUGGCUACUUUGGUUUCUGUCUGUAAGCUAAGGCCUUGGAUGUGGU